UAAAAGAAUUAAAAACUCUUGUCUUGCGCCGUUGAUCCCGAUGCUGCCAUCUCUCUGUAAAUGUAAUUGCGCGUGAGACCCACCUACUUAAUAAAUUCAGAUCUUGCUUCAAAUUCAUCCUUCAUCAUUUCAUCAAUACUCCCACACUCCUUACCCACUCUUGCUACUGUUUUUUGAUCUCUAAACAAAUUUUAAUUGUGUUAGAAAUCCCAAGAAAUAGAAAUAAAACAAGGGUUUUUAUAUACUUUCUUUUCUUCUUGAAUUAAUUAAUUAAAAUUGGGUCACUUUUGGGUUUUUACUUGUCUUUUAUUUGUCAUCUUGAAAUUGGAUCAACAGCUUUAGUUGCAGAAGAAAUCACCAAUUGAUAGAAUUCUAUGCUUUUGGUUGCAAAUGGCGAACAAACCAUCUGGUGAUAGUAGGACUAGAAGUUCUAUAUCAAUAUUUAUCGUUGUUGGUCUAUGCGGCUUCUUUUAUCUAUUAGGGGCAUGGCAGAGAAGUGGUUUUGGGAAGGGAGAUAGUAUUGCUAUGGAGAUUACUAAAAGUGGCACAGAUUGUGCGGUUCUUUCAAAUUUGAAUUUCGAGACUCAUCAUGGAGGAGAAAUUAAGACUGGUGAUGCUGAUAUCAACGCAAAAGUGAUUCAGCCGUGCAAGGCUAAGUAUACAGAUUACACUCCGUGUCAAGAUCAAAAACGUGCUAUGAUGUUUCCUAGAGACAAUAUGGUCUACAGAGAAAGGCAUUGCCCUAGUAAAGAAGAGAAGAUGCGUUGUCUUAUCCCCGCUCCAAAGGGAUAUGUAACUCCGUUUUCCUGGCCUAAGAGCCGUGAUUAUGUACCAUAUGCAAAUGCGCCGUAUAAAGCAUUGACAGUGGAGAAAGCCAUUCAAAACUGGAUCCAAUAUGAAGGAAAUGUCUUUAGGUUUCCAGGUGGUGGUACACAGUUUCCUCAGGGAGCGGAUAAAUAUAUUGAUCAACUAGCGUCCGUGAUUCCGAUGAAGAACGGCACAGUUAGGACAGCUCUAGACACUGGGUGUGGGGUUGCAAGUUGGGGAGCAUACCUUUGGAGCAGAAAUGUCAUUGCGAUGUCAUUUGCACCUAGAGAUUCUCAUGAGGCUCAAGUUCAGUUUGCUCUUGAAAGGGGAGUACCUGCUGUUAUAGGUGUUCUUGGAACGAUAAAAAUGCCAUAUCCUUCCAAUGCUUUUGACAUGGCCCAUUGUUCUCGGUGCUUAAUCCCAUGGGGUGGAAAUGGUGGGAUUUAUAUGAUGGAAGUUGAUCGUGUUCUUCGACCAGGUGGCUACUGGGUGCUUGCUGGUCCUCCAAUUAACUGGAAGAAUAAUUACCAAUCUUGGCAACGUCCUAAAGAGGAUCUGAAACAAGAACAAGAUAAUAUUGAAAAGGUUGCUAAACUUCUUUGUUGGGAGAAGAGACAUGAGAAGGGUGAAAUUGCCAUUUGGCAAAAGAGUCGAAAUGCCGAUUCAUGUCGUAGGAGACAAGCUGACUCUCAGGCUACCAUUUGCAAAGCCACUAAUCCUAAUGACGUUUGGUACAAGAAAAUGGACACUUGUAUCACACCAUUCCCUAGUGACGGUUCCGGCAAGCAGCUGAAGCCGUUUCCUGAGAGGUUAUAUGCUAUGCCUCCCAGAAUUGCUAGUGGGUCUGUUCCUGGAGUUUCAGUUGAUGCAUACUUGAAUGACAAUAGCUUGUGGAAAAAACACGUCAAGGCUUACAAAAAAAUCAAUAGCCUACUUGACACUGGUAGAUACCGUAACAUUAUGGAUAUGAAUGCUGGAUUAGGAGGUUUUGCUGCUGCAAUUCAUUCUUCCAAAUCGUGGGUUAUGAACGUCAUGCCGACAAUAGCUGAAAAGGAUACCUUAGGUGUUGUAUUUGAGCGAGGGCUGAUCGGCAUCUAUCAUGACUGGUGUGAGGGUUUCUCUACAUACCCGAGGACAUAUGACUUGAUUCAUGCCAAUGGCGUCUUCAGUUUAUACAAAGACAAAUGCAACUUUGAAGACAUGCUUAUAGAAAUGGACCGUAUUUUGCGUCCUGAAGGUGCAGUAAUAAUUCGGGAUGAAGUUGACAUGUUGGUGAAGGUGAAAAAGAUAGUAGCUGGUAUGAGGUGGGAGACAAGAAUGGUGGAUCACGAGGACGGUCCCUUGAUUUCUGAGAAGAUCUUGGUUGCAGUUAAGCAAUACUGGACUGUCGACGGAGGUAAUAGCACAUCCACACAACGAUAAUGAUAAAACAAAAUACGUGAGUCCCAUCCGUGAGUCCCAUUCUUUACCUAUCAACUUCAGUCAUACCAGUAACACACGUUUCUUAACCGAAAGUGUUAUGAUUACUGUUACUGGAUGUAAGCGCUUCUUGUCAUCAAUUGUUUCGACCAAUGGUAUUCUUGAUUGCUCGCUGUGCUUGUCGUCUUCGACUUGUUGCUAGCUGUCAAACUAUAGAUUUGAGCAAUAGAGAUAACUACUGGUAUAGACUUAUAGUUCCCCUUUGCUGAGCGGAACUGUUCUAAUUCUGUCGACUCCGCUCAGUUUUUGUUGAUUCUGUGUACUACUUAUUGAUUAGUUCGUUUCUGUA